AAAGUUUGUUUGGGACUUCGCGGACAUGUAGACGUAUUGGGAUAGUUCCUGACAAGAAAAGGAAGUUCCUUGACAACUCUUUCUCAACCUCCACGGCCAGCGUAAUCCCUUAUCAUCUUUAUCCCAUCUAAUGGGCCUAUAAACCAAUUUUAUUAUAUUUUAAAAGCCUUUUAGAUGUAUUUACGAUUAGCCUAUAGUCUAUAGACUAUGUUUGGGCUUUUAUUUUGCAAAUUUCCCUUAAAUGGUGCUAAAGGAAUAUACAUUUUCAAAAUGAAUUGUUAAUGAUAACAUUAUUCUUUUUUGCCUUUGGUAAAAUAUACAACUAUUUGAGAUGAAUAAAGUGAUUUUAAAGAUUCGACUCGAAUUUCUUAAGACUUUAAUGAAAAAUCCCUUUAAUAAACUCUUCAAUUGUAAACAUAUUUUAAAAAUUCCUCAACCAAAAAGUCCACCGUAAAUUCAAAACGCAUCAUUUUAAGUUGAAAAAUGUAUUUCGGUAGCUAUUUCGGAGGAAUACAGAAAGCCUUUAAUUUUAGGGCAUUUUGUCAAAAUUUCCCUUUUUACAGUUCAGUUACACAUAUACACAUGCACAUAUAAUAAAAUUUGAAACUGUGUAAAAUAGUGAAUUCACAGAAGUAAUAUAUAUGAGUCAAUGACUGCUUAAGCCCUCUCCAUCAAUCUUUUGAUGUUUCUUGGAAAAGAUGGAAGUGUAUCCCACUUGAUCUUCUCACAAAUAAAACAUGUUUUUUACCUAAGUACAUCUCUCCUUCCACUAACACAUCGAAAAGAAUCUCUUUAGUUGUCUCUCUUUAUGAAAAGAAAAGAAAGAAAAACAACAAAGAUCAAUAUUCUCAAUUUAGAACUUUGGUUUCAUACCCAUUAGUCUUAUUCGUUUCAUUACCUGUCACUUUUGUAUGAUACAUUAAUUAGUAACUUUAUUCAAGCCACGAAAUGCUUCUAUUAAUUCAUUACCCCUCAUCUCACAUGGAAUGAAGCAUAUUCACAUUUCUUGUUCCACAUGUACCUUCACAAUAACCCUCUUUGAUCUCUAAUCUCCAAAGUAACUGACAACUUCAACAUCUUCUUGAUUUGUUUCUACGAACCAAACAUAAACCCAAACCCUAAGAGAGAAAAUGGGAGACCAAGGAGCACAACAAAUGCAACAGCCUGUCGUUGUGUAUCCAAACGCAUACACUACACAAAAUUCAUAUCCAUCUUCUUCGUCCUCACCAGCUUCUUCUUCCUAUGGCUCACGCGGUUCCUUUGCGACGGUUUUCAUAGUAGUAGCCGUGAUACUUGUCUUGUCGGCUGUGGCUUGUAUCUUUGGGAGGCUAUGCAACCGCAUAAGCCGUGGGGCCAAGCAACAUCAUAGCAAACAGCCAAGGCGCGAGAAAGGGCCAUCUACGAAGAGCCAUGAGAUUCGGCCUGUGGAGUUUGAGCCGAGGGAGAGAGGUGAUUUGGAAUUUGGUGUGGAUAUGAAACAUCAUAGGGAAAUUGAGAACCCCUAUGGAAGAGAGUUUGAGCCGAGGGAGAGAGGUGAUUUGGAGUUUGGUGUGGAUAUGAAACAUCAUAGGGAAAUUGAGAAACCCUAUGGAAGAGAUUACGAAGAUGACAUGGAACUCGGAUUUGAUAACAAGAGAGGAGAAAGAGGCGGAGGAGGUCCACCUCAACAUGGAGUGAGGUUCAAGUUACCUGAAAAUGAAGACGGUCUUCAUGGUAAAGGUGAAAUCAGACAUGGAGGUCCAGAUUUCGAGUUCCGACCAGGACACUAAUUAUUUUGAGUUGUCUAAGAACAAAACACUUUAUGUUUAUGUCUUAUUUGCUGCCCUUUCUAUUAUUGGUUUCUUUUGUGCUUUUC